AUUGCAUGGUUUGCUCAGACAAAGCUUUUUGAGCCAACACUUCACAUGCUUAGUGUGUCGUGCUAGAGGAACUAUUAGCUGGACUCAGGAAGACUCCAGACAUGGUAGAGGAGAGGAUGGGGGACUGUUGGAGCUACACAAAGGAUCAGUUUGACAACUUGGAGAAGCAUACACAAUGGGGGAUCGAAUAUGUGGAGAAGUACACCAAAUUUGUCAAGGAGAGAUCAGAGAUUGAAACCAACUAUGCAAAACAAAUUAGGAAUUUAUCAAAGAAGUAUCAACCCAAGAAGAACUCACGAGAAGAGGAAGAGAGCAAGUACACCUUCUGUCGAGCCUUCCUGAUGACACUUAAUGAGUUAAAUGACUACGCGGGUCAACACGAGGUUAUAGCGGAGAACUUGACAUCUCAAAUCAUCACCGAGCUUUCACGCUACCUGCAGGAGGUCAAGGCCGAGAGAAAAUCGCACUUCCAUGAUGGGCGUAAGGCACAGCAGCACAUUGAGAGCUUGUGGAAACAGCUGGAAUCGAGUAAAAAAAGAUUUGAGAGAGAGUGUAAAGAGGCAGACAGAGCACAGCAAUACUUUGAGAAGAUGGAUGCUGACAUUAACGUGACUAAGGCUGACGUGGAAAAGCGAAGUUCCCACAAGGCACGACAGCAAGCUCAGAUGAGGCACCAGAUGGCUGCUGACAGUAAGAGCGAUUACUCCUCCUACCUGCAAAAGUUCAACCAGGAGCAGAAUGAACAUUACUUUACAGUUAUCCCCAGCAUAUUCCAGAAACUUCAAGACAUGGAGGAGAAAAGAAUUGAGAGGCUAGGAGUGUGCAUGAAGAUAUUUGCAGAAGUGGACCGCCAAGUGCUGCCCAUCGUGGGGAAAUGUUUAGACGGCAUGACGAAUGCCGCUGAGUCCAUCGACCCCAAGACUGACUCGAAGCAGGUGGUGGAGUCCUAUAAGUCCGGGUUCGAGCCCCAAGGAGAUGUGGAGUUUGAGGAUUACAGCCAGGCCAUGAAGAGGACAGCGUCUGAGACCAGCCUUUCCAACUCCAGAGAGGCCAAGGAGAAGCCUGCUGGCAAGAGCAAGGGCAAACUGUGGCCUUUCAUUAAGAACAAGAACAAGCUUAUGUCCCUGUUAACGUCCCCCCACCAGCCCCCACCUGCCCCCCCAGCCUCAUCCCCGCCCUCACCCUCUGCUGUUCCCAACGACCCCCAGUCUCCCAAGCAGCACAAGGAGCCCCUCUCCCACCGCCUCAACGACUUCAUGACCUCCAAACCCAAAAUGCACUGCCUCCGGAGCCUGAGGCGAGGGCAGCAAUCCCCACAUUCGCUCGUUUGUCACAAAGAGCUUAUGAAGAGGACUCUGGGCCGACCCACAUAUGCUUUCGAAGCAAGGCAAUAUGUUCUUUCUCUCAAGCUGAUCACACUCAAUUCCCACGUCCGGAAUCUCAUUGAGGGCUCUGGACCAGAGGACUUCAGCCACCUGCCACCAGAACAGAGGAGGAAGAAGCUGCAGGGAAAGCUAGAUGAACUGAAUAAGGACAUUCAAAAAGAAAUGGACCAGAGGGACGCUCUAACUAAGAUGAAAGACGUGUACGUGAAGAACCCUCAGAUGGGAGACCCAGCCAGCGUAGACCCCCGGCUAUCAGAAAUAGCCCAGAACAUCGAGAAGCUCCAGUUUGAAGUUCAGAAAUUUGAGGGCUGGUUAGUUGAGGUGGCGGAAAGGAUGCCAUCCAAGAGUGAUACACAUCGAAGAAGUGGACUCUAUGAGACCCAGAAUAACACAACAGUGGGCAACAUCACAACAGUGGGCAACAACUGUGCACAGGACAGAGAGAGGCCCUUGAGCAGCCCGGAUGGCAGCUAUACAGAGGAGCAGAAUUCAGAGACUCAGGUCAAAGCCAACAUCAACCCCAACCCCACCUCCACCACGCCAGAGUUCGACGAUGAGUUUGACGAUGAGGAGACCCUGCCCACCAUCGGCACCUGCAAAGCCUUGUACCCAUUUGAAGGUCAUAAUGAGGGUACUAUCGCCGUGGCAGAGGGCGAGCUGUUGUACGUCAUAGAAGAAGACAAAGGAGACGGCUGGACACGAGUGCGCAGGAAUGAGGACGAGGAGGGAUACGUCCCCACAUCCUACGUUGAGGUUUUUUUGGAAACAAAUGCCAAAGAUUCCUAAAAGUGUGAGGCUGGCUGAGGAAUGGGCAGGGCAAGCAGCCUCGGAGAAACCACCAUGUUCCUCAUGCGCUCACAGAAUCAGAGAGAGAAAGUGAAAGAUGACCUGAAUCUAAAAGAGAGUGACGGCCGAUUAGAACGCAUCUCAAUUUUUCAAACCAUUACAAAAAUAUAUAUAUAUAUCGGCAGUGUUGCGCUUCCUCUGCAGAACUCUGCGAUGUGAAGCGACGAUAAGAGAAAUCCAUUAAAAUUUUAGCGCUCAUAACCCAUUCCAUUCUUAACACCCAUACAGCAGCCACAACCACAGUAUACAAUUUGCUGUUUGUUGUUUUUAGCAAAGCUUUGCUUCUUAAUGUAACUAACUCCGCUUGCACCACCCGCGGUCAUGAAUGUGGCUGUUGGCUUCCUCACUCUGUUUUUCCUUACCUUUGCCCCCAUUGCACACACACACACACACACACACACACACACACACACAUGGCAGAGGGUGUGGUCAGAGACAGGACGGCGACCAGCAGGAGCCUACAGACAAAAGGCCAGCUGUCAGACACAUUCAUCCAGUGGUGUGUGAGUCGUGAACUCACUCACUCACUCAGAAGAGAAUCAUCCUGGGCUCAUCUACCUGCAUCUGGUUCUUAAAAAGCUCAUGUCCACCCCUCCCACUAAAAUCAGCUCCAUAUUUGCAGGUUUCACCCAACUGGAAAUGGAAGAAGUGAUGGUGCUAAUCAUCUGUUUGUAUGCUAUGUGCUUCUGGUUUAUGUUGUGUGUUUGUUUGAUCCGAAUGCUUGUACGUAUGUCUUAUUUUAAAGGUCUUGUGUGUUGUAAUGUCCCAUUUUCUCCGCAACACGAUCACCCCCACAUAUCCAGGACCAACUGGAGGGAAAAGAGAUGGAUGAUGGGUCAUCACUCGCCAUCACUCAUCCUACAAAUUCUUGUCUUGUCACUGGUGCCUGUUCCUCUCUCUGACCACAACCCCCUCCCUCCCCCCCACCUCGACGGCCCUUCCUUCCUCAGGCGGCUCAGGCUAUCCCUCGGCUGCUUUGAGCCCCCCUUUUUUUUGCAACAGCUCUGGGCGGGGGGCCUCUCAGCGUUGUGGUGUGCUGCAUGCUUGCCCUGUCUUCCUCCUCGCCCCUCUGCUGGCAACCUGGAGAAGGUGGUGGGGGUGUUUGGUAAGCUUACGCCCCCUUGCCUCCAGCCUUUCUAUUCAGUUAACCCUCAUUGCCUGGUCAUACUGUUUGAAUUAACCUGAAUGCUACUGUUUGGGUUCAGUGCCUGUGGUUCAUUAUCUUUUUUCUUUUGUUGGUUCAGAAAGCAUGUUUUCCUGUUUUUAACAGCGAGUGAGUGAUCUCCUCCUCCCAGAGUUCCCCAGUUUAAUCUCAAAACUGUCAGUAAAGGAUGAUAGGGACCCGAAAUGUUGUUUUCUGAAUGAUCUUAUGCAUAGGUAGGUCAUGGAUGUCUUGUGCAUUUGUUUUACUGUAAGUACACAGUACAGUAUGUAUGUAAAAAUGUUAUGUGUUUUGAUCUGAGUGUCUAACGCAAGUUGUUGUUAGUUUACAGUUAAUCACCUUGUGGAAAUAUCUCCACUCGAUCCAAGCAACAGUUUACCCAAAAAUAAAACCUAUGAAGAUAUGAUUUACACCUGAUGUUUUUAGGAUGGUCCACUUAACUGUCUACUGUAUAUGAAAAUAUACUGUGAUACACAUUUUCCUGUGAGUUUGUGACUGAAAUGUGACCCAGAAACACCUGUUGUGGGCCUUAACUGGGUUUCUGAGGGUAAGAAUGAUGCUGAUGUUAGCUGUGGUAUGGUGAAAGGAUUAAGAUGCGAUUAUCUCAAAAGUUUUGGGGGCAAAUUUGAGAGUUUUUAUAAUCAUGAAACUGUCAGACGAGAGAAAUUAUGUCCACUGAUUCUCCCCUGCUCAAUGGCACAUAAUGUACGUGAUUUUAACAUUUUUGCUUUAUAUUUGCUGAUGUUGAGUUUGGAUUCAGCUAAUUUUCUUUCUUUUUUUUUUAAGAUGGAAAUCUUUGUUGUAGCUUAUUCUGCCUGAAUGGGACUAAAAUCCCUUAAAUGCAAAUAUGAGUAAGAAUUACAUUGUUUUGGAUGAAGCCAUUCUUAAACAUUCAUCUGAUGCGGCAUAUUAUGAAUACUUGUUAAAUGGAGGAGUGAUGAACAUAUUGACCAUUUGGACUCGUGAUGGAAGGAAUGAUCAAGUCUCUGCUGAAUCAAGCUUAAAAAUACCACGUUUACUUUUUACCACCCAUCGCUCGAUAUGUCAAGAUAUCAAGCCACUUUUGUUUCUUUAAUUGUUUUCAGCGAUAAAUGACAAGAUAAAUCUGAUGAGGCACAGAUCACUGCUUUGAGGGCAGCGGUAGCUUUAUAGUAGCCAUCUGCCUGCCAGUUCUCUGCAGUGAGACCACCACAAACCUUUUAGUGGAUGCCCCGGAAUAACCUGCCUGUACAGUGGAAAUGGCACGUUGGAAUUAGAGAGAAUAUAUAUGAAUAUAUAAAUAAAGUUUAAAAAGGAAAAACAUCUAUUUUAACUAUUGGGAGUCUUACCAUUACUUUAUCUGCUUUGCAAAGUAAGACUUCUUUUCCUUUGUAAGGUCUACCAAAUGGUGUGUUUUGCACUUUUUUGUUUGUGUUCCAUUUGGUAGCCCAUGCUUGUGUUUUGGAGCACUGAAUACUUUGUAUUGUGUUUACUGUGCCAAUUAAAUAUGCCUGAAAAGUUAA